AUGUCACUGUGGUCUUUACUCAGCAGCCAGGUCUGGAGCCCUGGCUUCGUCCUCCUCAUUCUGGUCUUCCUGCUUAGACUCAAUGUGCGGCUCCGGUAUAGGUGUCAGCUUUGGGACCUCCAGCACUGCCCCACAGAUCUGACUGGGAAGACGGCAGUGGUGACUGGGGCCAACAGUGGCAUCGGAAAGGUUGUGUCCCAGGAGCUGGCCCGCCGUGGGGCCCGUGUGAUCCUUGCCUGCCGUAGCCAUGAGCGUGGACAGCGAGCCCUGGAUGAGAUCCAAGCAGCCUCAAGGGAUGCCUGCCUUCUGCUUGGGGAGGUAGACCUGAGCUCUAUGGCCUCCGUCCGGAACUUUGCCCGGUGGCUUCUGCAAGAGUGUCCUGAGAUACAUCUGCUGGUUAACAAUGCUGCGGUCUGUGGAAUCCCCAAGACACUAAGCUCAGAGGGCCUUGAAUUCACCUUUGCCACCAAUUAUGUCGGGCCCUUUCUGCUCACAAAUCUUCUGCGAGGAGCGCUACAACGGGCAGGGUCGGCCCGGGUGAUAAAUCUGUCUUCCUCUUGGCAUAUACAUGGGUACUUUGAUGAAGAACAUCUGACAGGGGCUGGUAGACCUUUGACCUUCAACCAGAACUAUUAUUGCAGCAAAUUGCUUUUGACCUCAAUCACUGGGGAAUUUGCCCGGAGACUUCAAGGGACAGGUGUGACUGUGAACUCUGUGGACCCCGGUGUUGUAUACACAGGGAUCAUUAAGGAAUUCUCUUGGUUCUACCGUGUCACCUUCUGGCUCUGGAGCUUCUUCAUUAGGGAUCCUACAGAGGGUGCAAACCCAGUUCUCUACCUGAGCUUGGAAAAGGAAGUGGAUGGCAUUUCUGGGAAAUAUUUUAGCAAUUCCUGUGUGAUAACUCCUCCUGCUAAAGCUGCUCAGGAUCCUUAUGUGGCCCAAAGCCUCUGGAACGCCACAAUCAAACUGACGAACCUGGACCUGAUGGACUGAUCCUC